CCAACUUCCUUUCCCACAACACAACAAUUCUCAAAUACUGCGAAAUUGCCACCGACCAACCUACAACGUGCUAACAACACUACCUGUUCUCCGAGAGAUAAUAUCAGACUGCGGCCCAUCAUGGACUACCGAGGUGAUAAACAGCACGUAAUAAUUGCGAGCUAUCUCCUCCAUCAAUGGAUCGAGUCCGCGUCGCAAAAGCUUUCGGGGAACAAAACCCCCCCCUUCAGCCUGGCAGGCAAGUGGAUAUGAUCAUCACCUGUGCUAGUAGACAUCAUUAACAACUCCAAUAGCUUGCUGCAUUUAAGGCGGACAAGGCGUUCUGCCGACACAUGCUUCACGGACUGUUUUUCGACGCAGUAAUUAUCCCACCAUCCAUGAUACGUUUUAAUUAUACUUAUAUUUGUACAGGAAGCAGUACAAAUUCAGACUAUUUUCAUCAUCGAAUUUCUGGUAGGAUGCUUUUUUGGAACACAAUCUUGAAUGCGAUAUACUGACUUAAGCCACAAGAUCGACGACGAUGGUCGCAACCAAGGCCCACUCGGGCAAUCCGAGGAUGAAAAGGUCAUCGCGACACUCCGAAGCCUCAUUGCGCCAUACUGGGCGCUGUUCAGUAUGGAGGACCUGGUAAGUCUUUCUCUCCCUCGUCGCCUGAUGAUUGCCAUUCUAAUUGGUAGCAGAAGAAGGAGAAUGAGCAAUUCAAAUACAAGAGAAACACACUCGAGAAGAUGGCGAAUUCUUCUCGAUCUGAUGGUAAGUUCCUAGUUCAACCACCUCGGUCAACUCAGCUAAACAGUACUACAGACCGUAGCGAUAUUGUUCCGACUAGUACUGUCUCAAACGACCCUGUCGAUCUUUCGGUACCCCCAUGAGCCUCUCGCCUUCCGUUGUUCCCAGAUAUGAACAGUCGCCGAGUACCAAACAUCCACAAGAGUUCUCCGACUGGUGGAAACUUAGACAAAUCUGCCGGUUGGUUGGUGCCUAGAGGAAAUCCUCGCCCUAAUCUAUUAGGUAUGAAUCUUCGCCCGGUCACAGGCCUCUGUGAAAACAUUGCGACCAAUAGUGAUCUAGAUAACCUCAAUAAUAUGACUU